CGCUCAUUACCGCGGUGACGCAGCCGCGCGGUGACGCCCGAGCGCGCAGGAACGGACGGGAGCGGCCGCCGCCAUGUGCGACUUCUCGGAGGAGCAGACCGCGGAGUUCAAGGAGGCGUUCCAGCUCUUUGACCGCACGGGCGAUGGGAAGAUCCUGUACAGCCAGUGCGGGGACGUGAUGCGGGCGCUGGGCCAGAACCCCACCAACGCCGAGGUCAUGAAGGUGCUGGGCAACCCCAAGAGCGAUGAGAUGAACGUGAAGACGCUGAGCUUCGAGCAGUUCCUGCCCAUGAUGCAGACCAUCGCCAAGAACAAGGACCAGGGCUGCUUCGAGGAUUACGUGGAGGGGCUGAGGGUUUUCGACAAGGAGGGCAACGGCACCGUCAUGGGGGCUGAGAUCCGCCACGUCCUCGUCACCCUGGGGGAGAAGAUGACGGAGGAAGAGGUGGAGCAGCUCGUGGCCGGGCACGAGGACAGCAACGGCUGCAUCAACUACGAGGAGCUGGUCCGGAUGGUGCUGAGCGGCUGAAGACCCCUCCCCAUCAUUCUGUGCCCCCCACCCCUCGCAUCUUCUGUCCCCUCCUCACUCAGUUUUGUGCCUUUUCCCCUCAUUUCCGCCACCACAGCCCCCCCAAAACCCCCAACCCUCAGCCCCACCGGCUAAAUUAUUGCUCCCACAGCAUCCAAUAAAAUCUGGGAAUGGUCACUGUGCCCCCCCAAACCCCCCCUGUGUGUGUGUGACCCCCUCCCCCAGACAGACCCAGCACCACCAGGCCGCUUCUUCCCGCCCCGGGGACUUGGAAUUUUUAUUUUUAUUGGUUUUUUAAAAAAAGAAACGGGAAAAAAAACAAAAAAAGAACUAAAAAAGGGAUGAGGAUGAUGAGGAGGAGGAGGAGGAGCGGGGAGGGGGGGUGGAGAGGGGGUUUUUGGAGGGGGGGGAAAUGCCCAUGUGCCAGGUGGGAUUGGAGCUGUCUCAUAAAUAACCGGGGGGAGCAGGGGCCCGGCCCCCCCGGGAGACCAACACUUAAAUAAAAUCCGGGACAAUCA